CUUGUAUAAAAGGACACGGUCGACACGGUCGACGGUGCAGUUUUGGUGUUGACUUUGACGUAUAGAACCGUAUCGAAAUUCUGUCGGAUAUCGCCAGCAUGCAGACGAAUUUGAUGAAAAAGCUCUCCCCGAGCGGAGAGAUAACAAUGUAUAUCGCCCAAAGGGAAUUUGUUGACCAUUACAAAAGCGUCGAUCCUAUCGACGGGAUCGUGAUGGUGCCAAUUAGCAAAGCUCACGGCCAGCGUCUCUUUGUGGAAAUUCAACUCCACUUUAGAUAUGGGGCCGAAGCCGAUGAGUUCUCCAACAUUCCCUUCAAGAAAAUGGUCGUCGUUGCCACGCAAGAGCUCUUCCCUCUUGGCAACAUCCAGCCGUCGACACCUCACGUCUACACCAACUGGCAGACCGCCUUGUGCAAGAAAAUGGCGAAUAUGGAAGGCAUUUGUCCGUUCAAAUUGGAAUUCCCGCAAGGGAGUCCACCGUCGCUGCUGGUGGCCGGCCCUCCGGGUGUGGCUGGCGAGCCUUGCGGACUGACGUACCAAGUUGUCGCCUACUUUUGCACCGAUCCGGCUCUUCCACUAGUCAAAAAAAACACGGUGGGAUUUGGCGUCCGUGUGAUGCAGGAAACGCUGCCCGUCCCUCUGCUUGAGCAACUUUCUUUGGCGCCCACCACUCGGCCGGCCACGCUCGUGUCACGGCAAUUUCUCCUCUCGCCGGGUAAAAUGCAAAUUGAAAUGUGUCUCGACCGGGCCGUCGUCUACUACGGAGAGAAUCUGACGAUGCGCGUCCAGAUCACCAACAACAGCAACCGGACCAUUCGCAAGAUCAAGUGCAAGCUCUACCAAGUGUCCCAGCUCUCCUUCGCUCAGGGUGAAAGACGGGCGCCUCUCUAUGCCAUGGAAACCACCGAAGGUUGUCCAAUUUCGCCAGGAGCGUCCCUGCAAAAAUCGUACAUCUUGAUGACCAAACUGCAGCCCCAUCGCACCAACGAGAAUUUAGUUUUCGAAGCUUCAGUCAACCGGGGCGACAAAGAGCGACUAUCAGCUACAACCAUCUUUCCUUACACAGAUCCCAAGGAAGGAUUUGCCAUUCUAGUUUCGUACGAGGCAAAGAUCAAAGUGUACAUGGGUGGCAGUCGCCAGUUCCAGUCAGUGCGAUCAACUUUGGGAGAGGUCUCGGCUCGCGUGCCGUUCUUUUUGUUCCAUCAGACGCCGAGAGAAAACAUCGAAAACGAAGAUGACACCGUUGAAGUUCCUAAUAACCAGGUGGUUUCCAAACCGCCUCGAAUGGUCAGAUUGAGUUCGGUGGACAAUGAAGCCGGAAAAGAGCCGCCCCUUCUCGUCGAAUGGUAGGAGCUUUGACGUACACAGUUAAACAAACAAAAAAAAUCGAUAACAUCAUUUAUAAAUAUAUAUAUCUUUACUACGCUAAAUGUAAUUAAAAUGUAACUUUUUAAUUCUACUGCAUCACUACUGAUGGACUGUAAUCUCCCUUUUUCGCUUGUAAAUCGUGUACGCAAUAAUAAUAUAAUGAAGAGUGCUUACGCCAACA